GAAAUGUUCCAUGCAUGACUGUUACUUUAUGCUUUUAAACAUGCCAUCAUCUGUUGGUAAGCUCAUUGUCCUUUGAUGUAUUGCCUUCAGCACCUGUUGAGAAAUAUGUUUUGCAAAUGCACAUGCAAAUGCACUCUCUCUCACACACACACACACACACACACAAAGAUCAGACUUUACAGUACAGCUUAAGUGGGGAACUGACAAGGUAGCAGACAAUACAUGGAGAAAACAUAUUUCUCAUUCUUUAUACUGUUCAGUAUUGUUGUGAAGAUGAAGAGAUUCACUUAUGGAAGUUUCACUUGUCUUUUGUGUCUGAUGGUCUUAACAAUUCAUGGAGAGAUCAAACCAGAGUAUUUAGCAGCCGUUCAACAGGGACAGUUCAUGCUUGACAAGAGAAACACCAGCACACUUUGGCAGAAUAGCACAACUCCAGAGUCCCAUUAUGUCUUGAUGACAGUUAUUCCCAAGACAUUUAAUGGCAUGAUCAGAAGAAAGAGGGAUUGGUUGAUUCCCCAUGUCAGCAUUCCAGAAAAUGAUAAAGGCCCGUUCCCAAAGGAAGUGGUGAAGAUGAAGUCCACCGCUGCUGAUUCCAUGAGAAUGAUUUAUAAAAUCACAGGUGCAGGAGCAGAUCAGCCUCCCAAGGGUCUUUUCACAGUGGACAAAUAUACAGGCAUGUUAUGGGUCACCAAAAGCCUGGACAGAGAGGAAACUGAAGAAUACAUUCUCACAACUCAUGCUUCAGCACAGGAUCAAAGCUUCAUUGAAACCCCUGUCAAACUCACCAUCAAAGUUAUUGACCAAAAUGACAACAAACCCUUGUGUACCCAGGAUCCUUUUAUGGGAGAAGUCCCAGAAAGGGCAAAACAAAAUGCGCCCGUCAUAAAAGUGACGGUAAAAGACAUUGAUGACCCAGAAACUGCAAAUGGCAUUGUGCGUUACAAGCUGGUAAGACAGGAACCCAACGGUGGGGUGUUUCACAUUGACUCAGCCAGUGGAGUCAUCAGCCUGGCCACUAUAGGCAUUUUGGACAGAGAGAAUCAAGCUGUGUAUAAGCUGGCUGUGGAAGCAGCAGAUAUGGAUGGUCACGGUCUUUCUUCCACCUGUAUGGUCAUCAUCAAAAUUACUGAUAGCAAUGAUCACGCCCCUAAGUUCCGCCUAAAAAAGUAUGAGGGUACAGUACAAGAAAAUAAGGCUGAGGAAAUUGUUGCGAAGUUGUAUGUCACAGAUAGAGAUGAGCCUUUAACUGCAAACUCAGUGGCAAAGUUCACCAUCAUCCAGGGCAAUGAGAAAGGGUUCUUCAACAUCAGCACCGGCCCCAGCGGGAUGGAGGGAAUCAUCAUGACAUCAAAAGGUCUGGACUUCGAGCAGACCAACAGUUUCUCUCUGCUGGUGGUGGUCAAGAACGAGGUUCCUUUUGCUGUUCCUUUGGCCACCUCCACUGCUACCGUCACCAUCACAGUGCAGGAUGUAAAUGAGCCGCCUGUCUUUGAACCUGCGGAGAAACAGAUCAUGUUUCAUGAGGACCUCAAAGUGGGCAGCACUAUCUCCAAAUACACAGCCAGUGACCCAGAUACUGCUAGAGAGCAGAAAAUAAGAUAUAAGUUGCUGCAAGACAUUGCAAACUGGCUGGAGAUCGCAGAGGACACUGGACUCAUCAAAGUCAGGAGCUCACUGGACAGAGAGGCCCCGUUCAUAAGAAAUGAACAGUACACGGUCUUAGUACUGGCUUAUGACAAUGAUGACGAGCCCGCCACAGGAACAGGCACAUUAGUGAUUAAGCUGUUGGACAUUAAUGACAACGCUCCAGUGCUGGAGGAGCACAGAGUCCUGAUGUGUCUCAUCGAACCGAAACCCGUCCGUCUGACCAUCACAGACCCAGACGGCCCAGAAAACGGCCCACCCUUCACCAUAGAGCUAAAUACAGAAUAUCAAAGCAACUGGACUAUCAUCAGCAACUCCAGCAGCAGUGUGGUGUUGCUGAAGCCGCUCAGACGUCUGGCUCUUGGCGAAUAUAGCCUGGUAUUGCGUAUGUAUGACUCCAAGAGGUUAUUUCAGAACAGUUCUAUCAUAGUGGAGGUGUGUGACUGUAAGGGUGAUGACGUUACCUGCUCCAGCGGCAUAUAUGCUGCUGCUGCCAUCACUCUGUCCAUCUAUGUGCUAGCGGCCAUCUUAUGCUUUCUUGUGCUGUUACUGUUGCUUCUUCUCCUGAAGAGGAGAUGUGGGAGAAAAGUUCAGUGGGAACAGUUCAACCAUAGAGACGAAGACAGGGACAAUAUUUUAUGUUACAGUGAGGAAGGAGGAGGCGAACAGGACCAGGAUUUUGAUAUGGCCCUAUUGUGCAGCAGACUAGAGGUUUCCUCUACUGAUAUUGCCCCAAUGGCCUCACCAACGGUCUUCUAUCGGCAACAUCCAGAUGAGACUGAAGAUAUCGAAAGCUUCAUUUAUGAGAAUUUGUGCACAGCAAAUGAUGACCACUAUGUGGCACCGUAUGACUCCGUGCUGGUGUUUGCUCAUGAGGGCGAGGGGUCUGAAUCCGGAUCUCUCAGCUCUCUGCAAUUGUCCAUCAGUGAUGGAGAUCAGGACUUCCAGCAUCUGCAGAACUGGGGACCUCAGUUCAGAAGACUGGCUGAUAUGUUUGCUGGAGGAGAAGAAGAGUGAUAUGUGCUCUGAUUACUAUAUAGGAGUAUGUAUAUAAAAGUGUGAUGUGAAAUGUGUUACCAGAUAUGGUGCAAGUCAUUAAAGGAAUAUAGUUCUCCCAAAAAUGAAAAUGUGCUGAAAAUUGACUCGCCUUCAGGGCAUCUGAGAUGUAGAUGAGUUUGUUUCUUCAUAUAAACAGUUUUGAAGAAAUGUAUUAUUACAUUACUUGCUCAUUAAUGGAUCCUCUGCAGUGAAUGGGUGCCGCCAGAAUGAGAGUCCAAACAGCUGAUAAAAUCAUCACAAUAGUCCUCAUGUAAUCCACACGACUUUUCGCUUCACAAGAUGAUAAUUGAUAAACUGGAGUUGUGUGGAUUAUUGUGAUGUUUUUAAUCAGCUGUUUUGACUCUCUUCUGACGGCACCCAUUCACUAAAUGCAAGUGAUAUAAUACGAAAUUGCUCCAGAUCUGUUCUGAUGAAGAAACAAACUCACUGCCACAGUAUGGUGGAUCUUGUUUUGUUUUUUUUUAACACAUUUUAUAUUUGCAUUAUGCAACUGAAGCUGUUGAAUUGACUGAAUGUAAGACAAGCACCUGUAAUUGAAUUUUUAUUCUGCAUGAGUUAAUGUAAGUUGUUUACUGAAGAUUUUACUUUUUGUUUAAUACAGUACUUUAUCUCAUUAUAUUGUUGUAUUUACUUUUUAUUGUAUAAAAUGCAUAAUGU